AGGCUUCAGUUGCCAUUGUUCUUACAUCCCACAAAGGGAGGUCCCAUGACGAGACCGGGAUGGACCCAUGGCGAGCGACAAAGCUACCCUGGCAUUGAAAUGAGACAAUCUCAAAACAUAAAAGCAUGGUCUUGAUGCAAGCCUUCAUAACUUAAGAGAUAGGACCUCCACUUUCUGGACCUGACCAAACUGAAAGCGCCAUCAUGGGAGUCAAUAUCCACCACAACAAAGACGGGGAGGUGCGGCGCAAAGAGCCCAAGAGUCAGGACAUCUCCCUGAGGCUGCUGGGCAAGAGCUACUGGUUUCUGGCCAGACGCACCAACUCUACGUUCAAUCAGGGUGCGCUGAAGAGACUGUUCAUGAGCCGGACCAACCGGCCACCUCUGUCCCUGUCCCGUAUGAUCCGCAAGAUGCAGCUUCCUGGUGGGGAAGGCAAGACAGCUGUGGGGGUGGGGACAAUCCCAGAGGAUGUGCGCAUUCAGCAGGUGCUCAAACUGAAGGUGUGUGCCCUGCGUGUGACUGGCCGCGCCCGAACUUGCAUCCUCAAGGCUGGAGACAAAAUCCUAACCUUUGACCAGUUGGCCCUGGACUCCCCCAAAGGCUGUGGAACUGUCCUGCUUUCCGGACCCCGCAAAGGCCGGGAAGUGUAUAGGCAUUUUGGCAUGGCUCCCGGGACCCCACGCAGCCACACCAAACCCUAUGUGCGUUCCAAGGGCUGCAAGUUCGAGCAUGCCCAAGGCAGAAGGGCCAGAGGCUACAAGAACUGAUCUGAGC